CGAAAGCUCAAGCCAUGAAUAAGGCCCAACAACAGCUUAGACCCGAGACGUAUUUUCCCGAAUUUUUUUAAUCGAGGGCUCUGACCUGUUUUUUGAAUCAUUUUAAGGAUAAUUUAUUGUUUUUAUAGAAAACCAAUGAUUGAUAUGGUUUAUCAAAACACAUGGAAUGAAAUAGAAGAAAAAACAAGGACCAGAACUAAUGGAGGAGUAAAGGAGAGUCGUCCAGUACAAUCCAUGUUUGUGGACAGGAAUAGGAAUAUUUGUAUUAACAAUAUUCAAGAUAUUAAACUUCAAAACGGACAAAAAAUUGAUGAGUUAGACUGGACAAGGAGAAACAAAAAAUCAUAUCAGACAGCUUUACUUUAUCAGGGAAAAAAGUUCCGGCAAAAGGCUCAAUUCAAUUCUGCCAAAGAAAUGCUAAUUCAGAGUCUAAGGUUAAAAGGGGGUCUGGAUAUACAAACAAAGAUAAUGGUUGAACUGGCUCAAUGCCAUCUUAAUCUUAGAGAGUGGACUCAAGCAAUUCAGAUUGCCAAUGAUCUUCUGAGUGAAGGAGCUUGCAAUAGAAAUAUUAGAAGACGAUGUGUUCUGUCCAUAGUUCUCAACACAAAGGAACAAAAUCUUGAAUAUUACUAGAUGUGUUCUAUAGUUCUCAACACAAAGGAACAAAAUCUUGAAUAUUACUAGAUGUGUUCUAUAGUUCUCAACACAAAGGAACAAAAUCUUGAAUAUUACUAGAUGUGUUCUAUAGUUCUCAACACAAAGGAACAAAAUCUUGAAUAUUACUAGAUGUGUUCUAUAGUUCUCAACACAAAGGAACAAAAUCUUGAAUAUUACUAGAUGUGUUCUAUAGUUCUCAA